CGCUUUUGUGCAUCGAUCGGGCUUAAGUCAUAAUGAGGGCAUUUAUUUUGUUUGCAUUGGUGUACAGUGUCACAUGUCAGAUGAAAUUUUCGCCCGAAGAUCUGCAAAUCAUCAUGAAGCACAACCCGGAGUGCCAAAAAGAGAGCAACGCCCAACAGUCGAUGAUCAUGGGAGUGAUUCAAGGACAGUUCGUCGAAGACCCGGCUUUAAAAAAGCACAUCCUCUGUCUGGGCAAGAAGCUGAACUACAUAGACGAAGACGGGAAGUUCGACGCUGACGUUAUUCGAGAAAAACUGGCCCAAUCAAUAUCGGAUUCCGGAAAAAUUGAAGAUCUGAUCGGAAAGUGCUUGACCGAAAAGGAAACCGCCGAAGAAACUGCUUACCAGAGUAUCAAGUGCAUGUUCGACAACUUGAAAUAAUAUUAACCUGUUUCCAUACCUUCAUGUCUUCGUUUAGUUAAUCUACGUUCUAUUGCGUAAUGUCUAUUAAAUCGUUAGAAUG